AAUCAAACCCAGAGCAGUCGCUCCUCUGCUGUUCAUCCUGCUCAGAGGAGCUGUGCCACAUCCUGUUGAAUGCUGCUAAAAUGAGCUUCAAUUCCAUUUUCUGUUGGGACACCGGGCCGACGACAAAAUGUACUAGUUGGACGUGAAGCGUGUUGGCGAGCUGGUCCAGUUGUAUGAGCAGAGAAUGAAGCGGGUCUUCUGGCUCAUAACAGGAAUAAACAGAAGAAUUAUGAAGCUCCUUUUUGCUCUCGCCCUGAUCGCCUACAUUGCCUCUGUUUGGGGGACAUACACAAACAUGAGAUCAAUACAAGAAAAUGGAGAGAUCAAGAUUGAGCAGCGAAUUGAAGAAGUUGUGGCUCCUCUGAGAGACAAGAUACGUGAUCUCGAACAGAGUUUUUCUCAAAAAUAUCCUCCAGUGAAAUUCUUGUCAGAAAAAGAUCGAAAACGGAUUUUGAUCACUGGAGGCGCAGGGUUUGUUGGGUCACACCUGACGGACAAACUGAUGAUGGACGGACAUGAGGUGACUGUGGUGGACAAUUUCUUCACUGGCAGAAAACGCAACGUGGAGCACUGGAUCGGCCACGAAAACUUUGAACUGAUCAAUCAUGAUGUGGUGGAGCCUCUUUAUAUUGAGGUGGACCAGAUUUAUCACUUGGCCUCUCCCGCAUCACCUCCUAACUACAUGUACAACCCCAUCAAAACACUCAAGACAAACACUAUUGGCACUCUGAACAUGCUGGGUUUAGCGAAACGUGUUGGUGCAAGACUCCUCCUCGCUUCAACCUCUGAGGUGUAUGGUGACCCAGAGGUGCAUCCACAGAAUGAAGAAUACUGGGGUCAUGUGAACCCGAUUGGCCCUCGGGCUUGCUAUGACGAGGGAAAGCGUGUUGCAGAGACCAUGUGCUACGCAUACAUGAAGCAGGAGGGAGUGGAGGUGAGGGUGGCCAGGAUUUUCAACACUUUUGGCUCUCGAAUGCACAUGAACGACGGCCGCGUGGUCAGCAACUUCAUCCUGCAGGCUCUGCAGGGAGAACCACUCACUGUGUAUGGUACUGGCUCCCAAACGAGAGCGUUCCAGUAUGUAAGUGAUCUGGUGAAUGGGCUGGUGCUGUUGAUGAACAGUAACAUCAGUAGCCCUGUCAACCUGGGUAACCCAGAAGAGCACACUAUAUUGGAGUUUGCUCAGCUUAUCAAAAGCCUUGUUGUGAGUCGCAGUCGGAUUCAGUUUCUUCCAGAGGCUCAGGACGACCCACAGAGGCGAAGACCUGACAUCCGCAAAGCAAAGAUGCUGCUGGGCUGGGAGCCUGUGGUGCCACUGGAGGAAGGCUUGAAUAAAACCAUUCAGUACUUCAACCGAGAACUGGAGCACCAGGCCAACAACCAGUACAUCCCCAAACCUAAAGCUGCACGAAUGAAGAAAGGCCGGCCACGGCACAACUGACUCUACAACAUCUGUAAACACUGACGGAGAUUCUUGUGCUCAGAGUCGUCCAACAGCUGUGAAGGAGCAGUGCAGGGUUCUCUUUACAUCAAUGAAAACUGUGACUCUUUAAAAACAGAACCCUAGCUGCACUGUAGCUCCCUCACUAAAGCGUGAAGGAUUGAGACUAAACCCAGUCAAGCCAACUUUUUGUGCUUUUGCUAUUUAAAAAGCAGACAUUGCACUACUGCAAAGUGAUCCAAAAGACUGUUGAAGAAUUAAAUGGAUGGAUUUAGUUUCAGGUGAAUGAGAUGUUUGAUAUUUUAUUAAAGUAUUUAAUGUUUUGUAAUAUAGGGCAAAAGUGAUACUUGUAAUUUACAUACUUGUAACUGUAGGUAAAAAAGAAGACUCAGUGGUACAAAUACACAUUUGUUUAUUUACAUUUCUGAUGUCUAAUUAGUGCCACUACUACAAGAAUACAAAUACAGAAUGUUGUAUGUUUAAGCUGUUUGUGCUGCGGGGCUAAUGAUCGGAGGUGCAGGGUUGCUCUUGGUAGGUCAGUAUUGGGUCAGUAGUAGUCAUAGUUCACAUUGGCCCCGUGUCUGUAGGAGGUGUGGUCACGAGGGCCCACAGGGGAGUUCUCAUCAUAAUGGUGCUGCCGCCCCUGGUCAUGUGAGCGAGCGUGGUCCAUCCAAUAGGACAGGUCUGCCUCCAGCCUCUGUUGAGGAAAAAGCAUUAGUUAGUGUAUAGUGGGAUUCUGCAGAUAAGAUCAGAUGGAGGAUGUGGUGCACCUGCUGUGAGACAGGUAAAUGCUGAAUAUGCCUUCACCCAGAUGGCUUUAGGUCUGUGACUAGAAAAGCAACAGAUGUGGAUACUGCCUGCAUGGAGCGUGGAGCUGAUGGAGAAAUGUACAAAGUACAAAACCAUAUCCUUGUGUGAGCACAAGGCUUCCUCUGCUCUUAUCAGCCUUUUCAUGGUUUUUCAUCUGCUGAAAACACCCUUUGACCCAGAGGAAGUGGAGAAUUUGUAUUAAAGGGAAGUGACAUGUAAUGUUCCCUUUUGUAUUUAUUCAUUCAAUCUGUGCCUUUUAGAGAUUAUGUACUAUGUAGACAUUUGUCAAGGAUUUUCUGCCUACCACAAAUAUAAGUUCCUAAAACAUGA